ACCGAGAGAUUUGCGUUCAACGUUGAUAGAGUAUUGAAUAGCCUUGUCUUUAGCGAGCCAAUUAUGAUAAAAACAUAUCCGACAGGUUAAUCACCAGUCGCCAUUAAUGGGAAGUUGGGUGAGUUCAUCGUAAAUGAAUUGUGGGACAUGCGCUAGCAUUUUGAUGGGCGUGACUUCACCGUGUCAAUUAUUUAUAAUGUCGAGUAUCUUUAAGCUAAGUCUCUUGACUUGAAGACACAAAAGAAAAUUCGCUUUCAACGGAUCUGUUCUAGACAAACCGCUUGAGAUGAGUUUACUUACCUCAGUUUUACACUAUUUGAUUAUCACAACUGUUUUGCAGACCUACACUCGUGCCAAAACGACAACAAGUCUCCAUAACAUCCAGAUUAAAGAUGGCUGGGAUUGGAGCAAGGAAGCGGCUGGAGACAUUCAUAACGAGCAUCAGCUUAUAAGACGUCGAAGGUCUAAGGUUUCUGGAAAGAUCGAAACUUGCUAUAAAACCUUUUUUGCCAGCAGCCUACCUCCGUCAGGAUUUCGCAAAGACCACACAAACAUCAGAUACAUAUGUCAGCAAGUUCCUGGAAAACCUGCUUACUUUUAUUCAACCAUGUUUGAUCUCAAGUAUGGAAUCCCCAUCUACUCAGCGUACGUCGUGAAGCAAGCACAGGCGAGCCAGUUCGGUACUGCCCAUAGAACUAGAGACGAAUGGCGGCAGGAACAACCAGCUGUGAUCACUCAUCAAGCCAGCGACAAAGCGUAUAAAGACCAAUCCACCUAUGCUAAGGGCCACCUUCUUCCCGCAGAAACAUAUUCCUUUACUGACGAUCACCUUGCUUCAACUUUCACGUACACAAAUGCUGUCCCUCAGAAAACGAAAUUUAACAGCGGAGCAUGGUUACAGUAUGAAAAGGAAAUAAGAAAUUACGCUAGCCAGACGUGUAGCAUAAAGGGCGGGGACUUGUUCCUGAUCACAGGCAUCUCGGAAGCUCACAUCGAGAAGGAAGCUCUGAGCGCAACCCAGAAGGAUCUUGAAUUCAUGAAACCGUCCGGCGACAACAUUGCUAUCCCGAGAUCCAUGUGGACAGCCGGAUGUUGCAUCGUUCCCUCGACGGGUGUAGUGGGAGCCUUUGCUGUGAUAGGAAAUAACCUUUUCAGUAAAACAGCACCCAACAUGUUUCAAGUGACAGUUCCACAGCUUAAAGGCUUUCUUCUUACUGGUGUCCAAGGCUUUGGUGGAUCGGCAAUCGCCUUGUUUCCAGGAAAUCCUGGAUGCUCUAACCCCGGAAAUAAUGUCAAUUUUCGGAAACGGCCAUUGCCUCCUUAAUAAAGAUGCCAAUAAGGGAAGUUUAAUGAAGGUCGAGAAUGAAAUAAUGAAAUGUAAUUCAUAAACAAUUAAAACGAAUAAAAGAAUAGUUUGGAUAGGC